GCAGGUCAUUCCUGGUCGAUCUCGCUCAGACUAAACAACGAGAUGUGGGUCAUCCUUCUUUCCUCGAUUGCAACGGCGUUGGCCCUUCCGGCUGAUAUGCCAAUGCCUUACGACUUCGCUUAUGGAGUGAAUGGCGGUGAAUUCGGUGACAUCAAGGCCCACAAGGAAGUAACCAGCGUGGACGGACGAACUGAGGGAGAAUACCGCUGGCUCCAACCAAAUGGUCUGUACAUUGUAACCCGCUACUUUGUCGACGGUAAUAGUGGCUACCAAGCAACAGUGAGCGAAGAAGCAGGCCCAGAAGUGACGAACUUCUAUUCCAACAGCCAGGACGAGCAAAUCAGCAGCGCCCAGCAAAGCUUUGACAGUCAGCAAACACUGACCAGUCAGCAAAACUUCAAUAACCAGCAAUCUCAGACAUCUCAGCAAACGUUCUCUCAGCAAGUCACAAGUAACCAACAGAGUCAAAGUAGCAGCGCUUCUUCAGUCCAGGGAUCAGCAGGUCUUAUAGUCACCUCUCAGGCUGCAAAUCUUGGGGGAGUCAGCAGUCUUGAGAACUCACAACAAUCAAGUGCUUUUGAUGAAUCUGGAGCAACCAGUUCUUCUCAGCAACUAUCAACUGGCUUCAGUCAAGUGAACACAGAAAGUCAGACUGGAUCAGUUACUGAUCUGCGCCAGGGUGCUGCAUUAAGCAGUGUUAGCCAGUCAGUUUCAGCUGGAAGCCAGUCAGUUUCAGCUGGAAGCCAGUCUGUUUCAUCCGGUAGUAACGAGCUUGACCAAAUUACGACUGUUGCUCAAAUACAGGUAAGACCCGCUGUGAUUACAUUUACAAACGAAGCUUCAGCUCUGAAUAACAUUGAUGGGUCUAGAGUAACUGAAUCAAGCCAAUCUGGAGCUGUUAGUCUUAGCUCCAAUACUGCCUCCAGUAGUUCCAGCCAGUCAGCAACAUCUGGAUCAAGCGCAUUUACCCAGUCUUCAUCAGCAGGACUUAUUAGUGGGUCCUUGGGAGCUACUCAGUCUUCCUCAGUUGGAGUCAGUGCUGAGUCUUCCUUGACGGAGGGUUCAAGUCAAUCUGCUCAGUUGAGUCAGAGUCAAAAUAGUCGCAACAGAGUAACUUCAAGUGCUGCUUCGUCUUCCAGCAGCUUUAGCAGUAACCAGCAGUCUUCCAGCAGCUUUAGCAGUAACCAGCAAUCCUCCAACUUUAACCAGCAGUUAGGUGCAGCCGUGCUGGCCGGAGACGUCAAGAGCAUUGCUGUUAUUCUUGCUGGAAGCCCAGAGGCCGCAAAACUGCGUAAGAACUAAAUUUCUUGAACUUAGGUAAUAACAGCUACAGGCAUCUUGAAAUGUUUCGUAAUUUCUUCUAUAAGUUAAUAAUUUAAGGGUAUUUUUGGCGAAGGGUUGAUAAACUUUGUCGAUCUAUGGAGGUGGUUCUCAACUAUGGGGGGGAUUGUAACCAAGGAUUUUUAGUAUUAUAUACAUAUCAUUUGUAAUGCACCUUUUGAGGCAGACCAUUUUGGAAAGGGCGAUGGGGUGAAUGAUUUUCUGACAUAUGGUGAAAGGGUGCAUGGGCCAAAAAAGGUUGAGAACCACUGAUCUAUGGUAUUAUGAUGAGUUUCAUUGAAGGAUCGGUCAACUGAGAGAAGUUUUGAUAUUGGGAUGGACAGGAAACAUAAAUUUACACGAAAAACGUGGUCAGUCCCUCCAGUUUUUUUUCUUUUCUUAUUAAUGGAGGACCUCAUUCUGUAUCUAUGAUGUAGACCAUUAUAUCUUAAUAAAGAUAACCAAGCAUUCCUAUGA